ACAGUGUUUUCAACUCACUGUUUGCAGCCUUAUUUGACUUCCAACUAGCGGCUGAAUUCAAGAGAUGGAUUCUUCCACGGUGCUCUUUAACCAACUGAAGACAGCAGAGCCAUUUUUCUUAUUAGCUGGCCCCAAUGUGAUUGAAUCUGAGGAGCACGUUCUACGAAUGGCCAAAAAUAUAAAGAACAUUACCUCCAAAAUCGGCCUGCAGCUGGUGUUCAAGUCAAGCUUUGACAAAGCAAACCGUACUUCGCUCAAGUCAUUUCGUGGUCCUGGUAUGGUUGAAGGCUUGAAGAUCCUUGAAAAGGUCAAAAUGGCAUAUGAUAUCCCAAUAGUGACUGAUGUUCAUGAGGCUAGCCAGUGUGAAGCUGUUGGCAGAGUUGCAGAUAUUAUUCAGAUCCCAGCUUUCCUAUGCCGGCAGACAGAUCUCCUAGUUGCAGCUGCCAAGACUGGAAAGAUUAUCAAUAUCAAGAAAGGCCAAUUUUGUGCUCCUUCAGUGAUGGUAAAUUCUGCUGAAAAAGUUAGAUUGGCUGGGAACCAGAAUGUCAUGGUCUGUGAGCGAGGAACAAUGUUUGGCUAUCAUGAUUUGAUUGUCGACCCGCGCAACCUGGAGUGGAUGAGGGAAGCUAAUUGUCCUGUUGUAGCCGAUAUUACACAUUCAUUGCAGCAGCCUGCUGGAAAGAAGCUGGAAGGUGGAGGUGUUGCCAGUGGAGGUCUUCGUGAAUUAAUUCCAUGUAUUGCAAGGACAGCAGUUGCAGUUGGGGUGGACGGAAUCUUCAUGGAGGUGCAUGAUGAUCCUCUAAAUGCCCCUGUUGAUGGUCCAACACAAUGGCCUCUUCGCCACUUGGAGGAGUUAUUAGAGGAGCUCGUGACAAUUGCUAGGGUGAGCAAGGGGAAACAAUCAUUCAAAAUAGAUCUCACACCUUUUCGUGAUGAGCCUUGAAAAUGUUCACGAGGAUAAACAUGCUAUGACAACAUGAUGUGAAGCUAAUUUGUUUCAUUUGUAAUAUCAGAUCAGAUUAACAUUUUGUCAUAUGCAGGUUAUGCACUUUGCAAUUUCAGAUAGUGGAAAUUAUUUUCAUGCAUAGGUUAUGAAGGAUUUGACACAAAAAUAAGCUUUCUAACUUCUUAGUUUUUUUCUAAUGGUUCUGCAGACCUGUAUUUGUA